GAGAUUGGAGAGUGAGCUUCCAGGUGGGAAAAACCAUUUUCUUGAUACAUGUGGUCUGCCCAUCAGCACCUGCUUCAGUGCUACCAAGCUCCUGUGGCUGAUGGAAACAGUCGAAGCCGUGAAGCUAGCAGUUCAAGCCGGGGAUGCGCUGUUCGGCACCAUCGACACAUGGUUGAUCUGGAACCUCACAGGAGGCUGCGGCGGAGAUGUCGGUGCAGUGGACGAGGUACAGCACAGGGUCUAUGGAUUGCAUGUCACCGAUUGCUCGAACGCAUCCAGGACAAUGCUCAUGAACCUGAAGACUUUGGACUGGGAUGAGUCCACACUGGAGACCUUAGGCAUACCAUCUGAGAUAUUGCCGAAGAUUGUUAGCAACUCGGAGAUCGUCGGUGUGGUUGCCCAUGGAUGGCCACUUUCCGGGGUGCCCAUUGCCGGAUGCCUUGGUGAUCAGCAUGCUGCAAUGCUAGGCCAGUUGUGUCAGCAUGGCGAAGGCAAGAGCACCUACGGCACUGGUGCAUUCAUUCUUAUUAAUACUGGAAAGGAUAUUAUCAGAUCACACCAUGGACUACUCAGCACGAUUGCAUACAAGCUAGGCCCUGGUGCACCGACGAACUACGCAGUGGAAGGGUCUAUUGCCAUCGCAGGUGCUGCGGUCCAGUGGCUGAGAGAUGGCCUUGGGAUCAUUGAGCAUGCAGCAGAGGUUGAAGAGUUGGCAGAGCUUGUCGAGAAUUCCGGCGGAGUGUAUUUUGUGCCGGCGUUCAACGGGUUGUUUGCGCCAUGGUGGCGUGAUGAUGCAAGGGGGGUGUGCAUAGGGAUGACCAGAUUCACUAACAAGGGACACAUUGCUCGGGCGGUGCUGGAAAGCAUAUGUUUUCAGGUGAAUGAUGUGAUUAAAUCUAUGUGCAAGGAUGCUGCGGACAAUGGAGUAGAAAGCAAAGAUGGGUUAUUCUUGCUUCGGGUCGAUGGUGGUGCCAGUGCCAAUAAUCUUCUGAUGCAGACCCAGGCUGAUCUUUUGGGUAGUGCAGUUGUGAGGCCUGGGAACAUAGAAACAACGGCUCUCGGUGCAGGAUAUGCAGCUGGACUAGCUGUUGGGAUUUGGUCGGAAGAACAGAUAUUUGCAUUUGGUGACAAUGCAAAGGCUACCAUUUUCCAACCCCAAUUGGAUGCGUCCAAGAGGCAGAAAAGGUCCGAUUGCUGGUGCAAGGCUGUCUCUAGAACUUUUGAUUUGGCCGACCUGGACACCUGAUGUCCAUAUCUUUUCGCGGUUAGCCUCCUAAUUGGCGUCCUUUAUAGAAGGAACAUUAUCCUUUCAAUAAGUUUCUCUCUGAAGAUUUUGUCAGAUGGAACAAGUAUUUUAUGUUUCUUGCGAAUUGGACAUGCCUCCAUCUUUCAAAGCCUUGAGGGAAAUGCAAUUGAAUUCGUUAUCCGGCAAUUGUUCAAUUUGAGUUCCUUCAAUAAUUUCAAAACUUUGAAGUAAGAGUUCG